AUGCCUUUCUGCGGCCGUCCUAGUAAAGCUUGCUUGUCAUGCCGUCAAAGACGUAUCAAGUGUAACCGGGCAGUUCCGGUCUGCGCCCAAUGUCGGCGAGCAGGCAAACAGUGCACAGGCUACCGCGACGAGCUACCGCUAUUAUUUCGGGAUGAGAAUGCCCGCACCAUACGGAGAUCACUAAAAGCCAAGGGUGCUCCAGAGCAGCGGGAAAGAGCCACGUCUGCACAUCUACUUACUCGGCCCGAAUAUCAGAUUCAGCGCACCCCGGGUUUGCCACUGACGCAACGAUAUUUAGCCCCCCAUAUCGAUGAUCAAGGGUUGUCAUUUUUCUUUAGUCAUUUUACUUCGUCUCCCGCGGCAAAUGGCAUCCAGGAGCCGACAAAGUCGCAUCCAUUCUUGCGCCAAGUUAUGGAAAACCAACUCUCCCGACGCACCGCUGUAGCUAUCGGCCUGGCCGCCGCGUCUAAUUGCGGGCAUGGACUAGUGUUGCUAAAGACUGCCCGCCAGAAGUACGGAGAAAGCCUGCAAGGCCUUCAAAUAGCAGUGCAAAGUGCAGCCAUGAACAAGGAUUUGGAUGGUAUCUUGCAGGUUAUCUUGAUGCUCGCGCUAUUUGAAUUCAUUGACUGUGAUGCGAGCUCCAUCACAUCAUGGGCUAUACACGCAGACGGAGCGGCAGCGGUCAUGCAGCGCUUCAAAAUGUCCCCUGCUAUUGAGCCAUUGCAGAUGGAUCCUCGAAAACAGCUUCAUUUUCAUUUCUCUAUGUUCGUCAAAUAUUUUUUUAUGGGAGGACCAUCUUCCCUCAAUUGGACGACCUGGCUAAGGAGGAACCCAUCAACCUUUCAAGCUGAAGAUCAACCCGCAGUCGCCUUAUUGAAUAUUCUUGCAUCGCUGGCCCAGCUAUACUCUUCCCUGAUGGACGCAUCGCCCAUACCAUUGGCCAAGGUGGCUCACAUCGCUAUAGCCAUUGAAGCAGAAUUAGUGGCAUGGGAAGAGAAAUUGCCCGAGAAAUGGUCGUAUGAGCUCAAAUAUUCCACGGACAUGCCAUACACCUUCAAGGGCCUUUAUCAUCUCUACCGCGAUGAAUGGGCAUCGUGCGUCUUGAAUAACUACCGCUAUGUCCGCUUGUUGGUGAACGAUAUUAUUUUAACAUACACUACAAAACCGACCGUGCGCGCAUCUGAAGAGUUGCCCCUCAUAUCGCAACAAGCACUGGCCACUAUCACUAGGAUUGCAGCCGAGAUCUGUAUUGCCGUGCGCAGCCAGAUCUUCCACAAAAUUCAUCAGCCGGAUAUCAACAGCGUCUCGCCUCCACCAGCACUCAACAGUGUGUUUAUGGCUCUAUUUCAAUUGACCUUGGCUGCAUGGGGAACUGGUGUGCCAGAUGAGCUUUUUGAAUGGGUCAUUGAUACCCUUCGUAUGAUUGGGCAUACUAAAGGUAUUCAGCAUGCUCUUUGUCUCAUUGAAAAGUUACGAAAUGUACGAGAGCAGCAAAAACUAGGCCGGCGGCCCUUACUGCUUCAUAUAUUUAGGAAUCAAUAG